CUUUAACCCAGUGGACAAGGGUGGAGGGCUCGUUACGAGGCCCAAUCCACUUGUGCGGCUUCUUCUGGGCCGGGUUUAUUGGAUUUGCCAUCGAUGUGGCCACAGUCGUGUUUCAACACUUGGCGGCACCACACCGAGCAGGAAAAUACAAGCGGAAGGGGACCAGUAUCCUGUGAGGAGGGAGAAAUUAUCGAUGCUAGCCAAAGUCCUUGGCUAUGGCUACCUGCUGGCCUACGUGAUCUGCCUGCGCUGCUGGCCAGGAGCGGCGUAUCCGGCCAGCAAUAGCUACCGAGAUCUGGACAUUUGCAACCACUGGGAUGGCAGGAGACACUUCCUUGAGCUGGGCUCUCCGGCCGGAGAGCUGCAUGCACGGAACGUGACCACCACCGCCUAUCGGAGCUCGCCGCUGGGCUUCAAGACGGAUGCGGUAGCCGGGGAUGUGUGGUACCAGUGCAGCCUGGAGCUGGUCACCUGCGCCGAGUGCGUCAUCCGGGUGGCUUUCACCUAUGCAAACUUCUCCAAGAGCUGCGGCAACACGGGCGGCAAGUCCAGCAUGUGUCCCUGCGAGCACAUCCAGUUCUCGGAGCCGCCCUACGAUUCCACCAUUUCCGGUCAGGAGUUCUGCGGGGACGGCAAGGUGUUCCGCAGUAAAACCAGGACCCUGCAGCUGAAGUUCUUCUACAGGGCCAACAAUGCCCAUGUCUUUUCGCUGCAGUACUUUUCAGAGCGCAACGUACGAAUAGUCAGCGGUUCGCCCAAGCAGUCCAUUGUGGGCAAUGGGAGUACCAAGUACCUGCCGCAGGUCAUCUCCACUCCUUACUUUCCGAUGCCCUAUCCUCGCGAUUACGGCAUCGAGCACAUCCUCACCUGCGAGGCGGACAACUGUCAGGUGCGAUUGGACUUCACCGACUUUCAGCUCGGCUUGGCUUCCACUUUGGAAAUCUUCGACUCCAAUGGCCAGAUGUUGGACUCGUACACGGGCGAGCAUUUCCGCCCACCCAUCACGGUGAGCAGCGGAAAGUCGCUGCUGCUGCAGUUCCGGGGAAAUUCCGCGACCGGAGUAGGUUUCCGUGCCGAAGUCAGCUUCGUAUCGUCCAAGCAGCUGAAGGACGAAAGACUGGUGCCAUUUACAGAUUGCGGUGGAAUGGUCACCGGACCUGGAGGCGCCAUCACCAUGAUGAACAUGAUCGAGAAUGCGACGGACGUGCGGCUUUUCGAUUGCAUCUGGAUCAUAAAGCCGGGCAAUAACUACAUGAUGAUGAAGACCCACAUUUCCCUGCGCGUGGAGGACUUCUACGGCAUGGCUGCCCGAUCGGAGUUGACCAUCCGGCAGGGAACAACCUCCGAUGCCGUGGAGAUCGAGAACGUGAUGUGGCCGAACAAUGGACUGAGCAAGGAGAGCCAUGUGGCGCCCAUCCUCAACGGCUACUACAUUCGAUUGCGUGGGGUCUUUGGGAUGUCCUCCAAACUGGCCAUCGUCUACAGCGUGUUCAACUAUUUGAAUUGCUAUAUUGGCUCGGAGUUUCUGUGCGGGAACAACCACUGCAUCUCCAUUCGCCUUCAUUGCGAUGGCUUCGAUCACUGCGGAGAUGGCAGCGAUGAGCCGGAUUCCUGCGAGGAGGAUUGGGCCCACUUGCACCACGAUCGUCGCUGGUACUCCCACAAGCCCAACUACUACUUCCCCAAGAUCGAUCAGUAUCCGGAUCUCAAGACGGCCACCGGGAUCUUCAUCAUCAGCACGUUGGGCAUCUUUGGUGUGCUUUCCGGCUGGAUGGUGAUCCUGUACAGGAUGGGCGUGAGAGCCCGUCAUCAGCGCGAACUGCAGAGUCACCUGCAGACGAUCAGUGAGCUGCUGGAUCGCCAGGACGAGGAUCGCACACCCGACGAGCCGCCGAGCUACGAAGCUCCGCCGGACUACGAGGAGGUGAUCAAGGUGGGGAUGCAGCAGGAGUUGCGGGAGCCACGUCGCCAGCGCCGCGCCCGUCGCCCACCGCCUCGGGAUCGCUGCUGCAGUCGGGCGGCCAGCAGUUGCACCAUGCAAUCGGUGCUGCCACUGCACAGCAGCUGCAGCUUGGAGCGGGAUCAGGAGCAGCCCAGCACCUCGGCGGCGGCGAUGACCCAUGCGGUGGCCGCCACGGACACCACGGAGGAUGCGGAACAGGCCCAGACGAUGGCCCAGCGGAUGCUCCUGGCCACGGCCUUGUGUGGCACUGCAGGCGCGUCUCUCGCGGCAGCAAAGGAGUCUGCGCUCCUCCGGCUCCAAUCCGUGGGGGUUUCAACGAGCCCGCCACCGCUAUCCGCUGGGGGUGAACUACCCGCAGCCGGUGGGCCAGCCACGACGCCCGGUAGCACGGCGGAUGAGUGCACCCAGGGAGGUGACUCACUCAGCAUUUCACUCACUCUAGGCCUGCCCUCGACGACGGCCGAGAGUCCGGUGACCACCGACCAGAAACACAACCAGAACCUAAACCAGAACUCGAGGCAAUUCCAGAUUUCCGAGCAGAGCAGCAGCAAUUGCACGGAGCACACGUACCUGAAGCGAUCCUGGCUGGUGGUCCAGCAGGUGCCGCCGGGCAGGGGUUACCGGGUCCAGCGGCUGCGACACACCUUCUCCUCGCCGGAGGCCUUCACCGGCGAUGAACUGCAGCUGCCGUAUCCGGAUUUCCUCAGUUACGGCACCAACCUGCCGCACGAGCGGAGUAGCAGCAACUUUGGCUCGGAACUAUCCAGAGAUCCGUCCAGUUAUAGCGUGGGAAAGCGUGCUCGCUUGACGAGUCAGUCGGGAACUUUAACCCGGGACACGGAGACCUCCAACCAGACCCUCCAGUCACAUGUGAUAGAGGAAACUCCUCCGAACGAGAGCGAGAGCGAAGGGGAGCAGAAGGUGUCCUGUUUCGGGACUCAGAAACCGAAGCGGCGUCACCGCGGACACGUGAGAAGCCGAUCUUUCAGCAACUCAGGCGGCGGCACUGGCGGAAGGAGGCGUCUCAUCCAGCGCAGUUCGUCUGCCGAUCUCCUGAUGAACUACGCCGCAAUGGCCGUGUCGACGCCACAGAAAAGAUCCGAGGGAGUGCAGCGGUUGUUCUUCAUCUGAGCGAGGAAUUUCAGAUUGUGGAGUGACAAACUUGGAACGAUAGUAUUAAAUCCUGGUGUGAUUCUGGUCGGGACCUGGUCACAGUUAAAUAGACCUCUUUCCAAUUCAAAGAUGAUUAACUUGAUGGAAUUGAAAUUAGAACAUUUUUUUUUAUAUGAGGUUAAACCCUAAUAUUUUUUCCGGCCAAUAUGUUUAAUAAUCUCCUAACAUGAAAAAAAAAUGGAACAAAAUUUGUUUCCAAUUAUGUUUAGUCAUUUUUAAUUUAUUUUAUUUUGUUAUUUAUUUAAAAAGGUGUUAAUGAAACACCUAAAAUGUUUGAGUGAAAUAAGAGCCGUAGAAAAUAUAAUAUUUGUAUCAAAUACUAUAUCAAUAUAGAAAGCUAUUAUUUCAAUUAAAUUUCAAUUGCAUCAACUUCAAUCUUUUUUAAAAAUCUGGAAAAGGUUUUAACGUUUGUAUUCUAUACUACAUAUACCACACCCAAAAAGAAAUAAAUAUUUACAUUAAUAUUUAGCA